UCCAGAGUCCAGAACCGCCGGGAUACUGGUACCUUCCAAUUACCCGAGCUUCUUCGAUUUUCUUUCUAUGUUUCUGCUGAAAAGAACUUUGGAAAAGAAAAGUUUAGCUCCAGGAUUUCAAUCGAAAGAUCAGGUUUGAUAUUCGUGUUAUUUAGGGAUGUUCUGUUCAUGCAGUAGACUUGCUGCACAUGGCACUGACAGUCUCAGUUGUGCAAUCAUGUGGCAUGUGCUUCUGUGGAAAAGGAUUGAGAGGUGCAAUUGUUUUUGAAGCUGAGAGAGGAUAUCAGACUGCUUUGAGUAGAAAAAUGAGGUUUAAUAAAUCUCUCCUCUCUAAAGUAUCAAGAUUAUGUUCUCGACCAAAGCAUGAAUUAUCGGGAAAAUUGUUGGAGGAAGUAGCAAGAAUCUCAGGUCGAUCAAAAAUUCUCAAUAAGGUAUCGGUUCUAAUGGAUUAUGAUGGUCUUCAUAAUUUAGGUGAUAACGAGAGACCUAAAAAGCGAUCUUGUAUGAAUCUUAAAGGUGCAAAGGCUGAAUUUGAUGAUUCCUCCGCAUGUAAAAGAUUUCCAUCAAUCAUUCUUGGUAGUUCUCCCCAGGUUGAAUUGUAUGAUGAGACAGCAUGUUGCACUGAAUUGAGUAGGGUUUUAGCUACCCAAAAUUGUGAAGGAUUUCAUCCCGAUUCCAUUGGUGCCAAGUUGGUUCAAGAGAGUCCUAGUGAAACUUGGCCUUCUCUUUCUCCCGCGCUUCCGAGUGUAACACCUUCCUCAGUAAAAGAAGAUUCUUAUGAGACUUUAUCUUCUCAGCCUGUUGCUUUAGAAACUACAGAAAAAUCAAAUUCGUCAGUCACUGUAGAGGAAUCGUCUAUCAAAGUGGAGCCUGAAUCACCAUUAAAUGCAGCCCCCAUUGAGUUAUUUCUUGACAGAUCUAUCAAUUGCAUAUCUGGACUAAGUAAGAGGCACUGUCGUCAGCUGGAAAAUUGUGGUUUCCACACGUUGCGGAAAUUGCUACAUCAUUUUCCUCGAACUUAUGCUGAUUUGCAGAAUGCGCGGACUGCAAUUGAUGAUGGACAAUACCUGAUUUGCAUUGGGACAAUCUUAUCUUCAAGGGGAAUCAGAGCUAAUUAUUCUUUUUCAUUUCUUGAGGUGGUUGUGGGCUGUGAGAUUGCAGAAAAUCAAUCAACUUCUGAGCAUGCGGUCGAUGAUAUUGAUAGUAAGGGAAAGAAGACAAUUUAUUUGCAUCUGAAGAAAUUUUUUCGUGGUACUCGUUUUACAUAUCAACCUUUUCUUAAGAGUCUUGAAGGGAAGUAUAAAGAGGGAGAGAUUGUUUGCGUUAGUGGUAAGGUGAGGACUAUGCGUACUAAGGAUCACUUUGAAAUGAGAGAGUACAAUAUUGAUGCGCUCGAAGAUCAAAAGGAUUCAUCCUUUCAUGCGAAAGAGAGGCCGUAUCCCAUAUACCCUUCAAAAGGAGGCUUAAAUCCAAACUUUCUUAGAGACAUAAUUGCAAGAGUCUUACAAGCCUUGCCAGUUAAUAUUGAUCCUAUACCAAAAGAUGUGACUCAGGACUUCGGACUGUUAAGUCUUCACGAUGCAUAUAUUGGGAUUCACAGGCCGAAGAAUAUAGAUGAGGCUGAUUUGGCACGCAAAAGGCUUAUAUUUGAUGAGUUCUUUUACCUGCAGGUGGGACGCUUGUACCAAAUGCUUGAAGGUCUUGGUACAAAAAUAGAGAAAGAUGGGUUGCUCGACAGAUAUAGAAAACCUGAAUUAAACGCUAUUUUUAUGGAAGAAUGGUCCAGUCUCACCAAGAAGUUUUUGAAGGCUCUUCCGUAUUCCCUUACUUCUAGUCAGCUAAGCGCUGUUUCAGAAAUUAUUUGGGAUCUAAAGCGGCCAAUCCCUAUGAACCGGCUGUUGCAGGGUGAUGUUGGAUGUGGGAAAACUGUGGUGGCUUUCUUGGCAUGUAUGGAGGUUCUUGGCUCUGGAUAUCAGGCAGCUUUCAUGGUUCCAACUGAGUUGCUUGCUAUCCAGCAUUAUCACCACUUGCUUAAUUUGCUAGAGAAUAUGGAAGAGGUUGAACAGAAACCUUCAGUUGCUUUACUCACUGGCUCUACCCCAACAAAACAAUCACGGAUCAUUCGUGAGGGCCUCCAAACUGGAAAUAUCUCAUUGGUCAUUGGGACCCACAGUCUAAUAGCUGAAAAUGUGGAGUUCUCUGCUUUACGUAUCGCAGUGGUGGACGAGCAACAUCGCUUUGGUGUGAUCCAAAGAGGAAGGUUUAACAGUAAGUUAUAUUAUACCUCUUUAGGUUCAAGAAUGGAAGUGGGUAUGGAUGGGUCCUCAAAAGGUGAUGUGCAUAUGGGUUCAAGAAUGGAAGCGGGUAUGGAUGGGUCCUCAAAAGAUGAUGUGCAUAUGGCACCUCAUGUUCUUGCCAUGUCAGCCACUCCUAUUCCAAGAACGCUUGCUCUGGCUUUAUAUGGGGAUAUGUCCCUUACACAAAUAACUGACUUACCUCCGGGAAGAAUACCAGUUGAAACAUUCAUUAUUGAAGGAACUGAUGAUGGCUUUGAGAAUGUCUACAAGAUGAUGCUGGAUGAGUUAGAAAUAGGAGGGAAAGUGUAUCUUGUGUAUCCAGUUAUUGAACAAUCCGAACAGCUGCCCCAGCUACGUGCUGCUUCUCCAGAACUUGAAGUUAUAUCUCGUAGGUUUCAGGGAUACAGCUGUGGGUUGUUACAUGGAAGAAUGAAGAGUGAUGAGAAAGAAGAAGCAUUGGGGCGGUUUAGAUCUGGAGAAACGCGUAUACUACUUUCCACACAAGUAAUUGAGAUUGGUGUUGAUGUUCCAGAUGCUUCUAUGAUGGUUGUUAUGAAUGCUGAGCGGUUUGGAAUAGCUCAGCUUCACCAACUUAGAGGACGGGUUGGACGUGGACAGAGGAAGUCCAAGUGUUUAUUGUUAGCAUCUACUGCCAGUAGCCUAAACCGGUUGAAGGUGCUAGAGAAAUCAUCAGAUGGUUUUUACUUGGCAAAUGUGGACCUCCUUUUACGUGGACCUGGUGACUUGCUUGGUAAAAAACAGUCGGGUCAUCUUCCAGAGUUUCCUAUUGCGCGAUUGGAAAUAGAUGGGAAUAUUUUGCAAGAAGCACAUCUUGCUGCACUGAAAAUUUUAGGUGCUUCUCAUGAUUUGGAGCAAUUCAUGGCACUCAAAGCAGAGCUUAGUAUGAGACAGCCUCUUUGUCUUCUGGGUGAUUGACUUGUAAAAAUCUUGAAAUUUGUCUAUCCCAUGCUCAACAUGUGUCAGGGUAUGUUGGUCUUCAGAUUAUAAUUGCUUUUGUAGCUGUAUUUUUUUAUCAUAUGGUUUUGUGGUUGCUGUUUUCUUGUAAAACAUUAGUGGUAGUGGUAGUUCUUAUGCCACCUGUGCUGUAACAACUAAUUUCUUUUGAUUUUUGAUUUAUUUAUUUUUUUUGAAAGAAUUGUCUAGUGUGUCAAUUUGGACUGA